AAACCGUGUGUGAAAGAACAUAGUUACAGAGGAUAGGCAAAGGCGGUGUGUUAUUUCUCUUUGCAUUGCAACUCUUCCGAGCGAGAGAGAACGAACUGCGUGACCUCACUUCUCAAUGAACACUCGUUAUGUCAAACAACUCCUCCGCAAUAUCUAUUGUACUAAAUAUUUUCUCAAUAGAGAAGAACCAUAUCGGAAUUAUAUUCACAGUGUUUUUAACCGACUUCAAUUGCAAAGGUCAAGAGCAGACAAGGUAGAAAAAGAUAAGCUAAAAGAUGAGCAAGAAAAAAGUCAGUUUUCUCUCAAGUCAAAUGUUAAGAAAGCAGAUGACAAUAAUGGGAUUAGCAAAUAUAGUUCUGACGAGGAAGAUCCAUCAGACAAUAAGUGGAAGUUAGAGCUGGCUUGGCUCACCAAGGCACUUGAACCAGCUCUGCAAUUUUGUAGGUGGGCUCUGCCAACAGGAGAUGGUAUUGGAGACAAAAUUCCGCCAAAUAAUAGAUCCCUUACAGAAAUAAUUGCCUACAUCCAACGAAGCAAGAUUGGAAUCCAGGAUUGGAGCUUGAGUGACCUUACAAUUGGCUUGUAUCUGAUCUAUCUUCGUCAAGCUUCCACAUAUCCAUUUGAAGAUGUCGAAGGCAUCCAGAUAUCCUCAGAAUCAAUAGUUCAAGAUCUCAUUUAUCAUAUUGAGCUGGCUAAAGGCGCUUAUAAGGAUAAUCCUGCAAUUCUUGCAAGGACCAGCAUGCUCCGAGAAAGUAAUGUGAUAAAAUUUGUUAGCAACUCCAGUGUAAUGAGGCCUGCAUAUUAUAUAGGGGUUGACCCCCGUAAAAAGCUAGUAAUUUUGGGCAUUCGUGGCACACAUGCUCUAUACGACCUUAUCACUGAUAUUGUUUCCUCAAGUGAUGGUGAAGUAACCUAUGAAGGCUAUUCAACGCACUUCGGAACUGCUGAAUGUGCUCGUUGGUUUCUUCAUCAUGAGAUUGGAAACAUAAGAAAAUAUUUGCAGAAACACGAGGGAUUUAGGUUAAGACUUGUGGGUCAUUCUCUGGGAGGUGCAAUAGCUUCUUUAUUAGCAAUAAUGAUCCAUAGAAAAUCAUCAAAGGAGCUGGGGUUUAGCCCUGACAUUGUAUCUGCUGUUGGAUAUGGAACCCCACCUUGUGUCUCCAAAGAACUUGCUGAAAGCUGCGCUGGAUAUGUAACAACAGUUGUGAUGCAGGAUGAUAUUGUACCAAGAUUAAGUGUAGCUUCACUAUCAAGACUGAGAAAUGAAAUUCUUCAAACUGAUUGGAUGAGUGUCAUUGAGAAAGAAGACCGGAAAAGAUUAACAGAUUUAGUUACAAAUGCAAAGCAGGCGGUGUCUUCUGUGCAAGAUGUAGCUCAAAAAAUUGCUGAUUAUGCCAAUUUCAGGAGAAACAAAAGUCCAUCUGUUGAUCCCGUUAAAGAGUUGCCAGUUGCUAGAGAAGCACCUUUGCCCCCCAAAGAAGUAAAGGAGAAUUCAGAUGUCCAGAAAAUUGAGGAAACUAAACCUGCAGUGCCCGAGGAGUUGUUCAUACCUGGGACUGUUUACUAUCUGAAGAGGAACUUGGGAUCCCAGAAUGAUGUUGGAAAGGAAGUUUACACCCUUUUGAAGAGGCAACCUGGGGAGCAUUUCCAGAGGAUAAUCCUUUCUGGAAAUUUCAUCACAGACCACAAAUGUGAUAGCCACACUUACGCUUUGAGAGAUGUUCUUAAAGGUUUGCCGUGGUAUGGUGAGGAAGGUAUCUUUCGAUAACAGAUAUUUUAGUUAUUUUUUCAUUUUUAAACGAUUCCAUUUGAAUGCAGUGAAACAGUAGUACAGUAAUCUUAAUAACUAGUUUCCUGCACUUAGAGGGUGUCUUACAGAUCUGUAGUGUGUGUGGUGUCAGGAAGAGUAGCAUAGUUGAUUAGUAGCCGGGCAAUUUAUGUAAAAUAAAAUAGUUGUCCCUAAUUCUGAAGCAAUUAAUAAAUCAUCGUUGGGUUUGUUUUCAUAAGGCGAACAUGUUGUGGUUCAUGUUUUGAAUUUGUAUAUAUUCAUGUUUUAGA